AUGGGAGUUAUAUUCGAGCUGAUUGUGCACAGUGUAGUUUUCCUAUUCGGCGUGCCUGGUAACUGCAUCAUACUCCGUGUCUACUGGACAAAGACUCUAAAAACCAGUACCCAUGUUCUGAUCAUGGCCUUAGCCUGGAAUGAUCUGUCCGUCUGUGCACUGGCUGUGCAUCGUAUUUAUUAUCAGGUUGUUUCCAUGGCUGACUAUGAGGUCCCGGAGUUCACAUUUAUUAUCGGGGGUCUUGAGGAUAUAGCCAUCUGUACGUCGGUUAUGAUGACUGCUGUGAUCGCAGCGGACCGCUACGACUGCAUAUGCCGGCCACAGCGCCGGUUCUUCACCCACAAACGCGGCAAGAUAGCAGCUUGGGCAGCAUUCGUAUUCUCACUGGUCAUCAAUAUUCCUGCCUUCAUACCCAGAACCCUAGGAUCCAGCGACCAGUCCUUGGACCUUUGGGAGUUGGCAUUCGAGGUCAUUUACUUCGUCGUGGCGCUCGUGAUGAUCGCGCUGUGUUACUGCAAAGUCUACACCACCAUCAAGAAACACACCAAAGUCGGCGUCAAAAGUACCACUCGAGAUUGCAGCCGCGUCUCUCGAUUAGGGGACAAAUGCUCGACACGGCUUCAGGAUUCCGUAUUCACAAAUGUCGAACCGAACGUUCCUACCAUCACUUCCGUGUCGAGGUUGAUCAGUAAACCAUGCUCGAGCACGGCAGCUGAUGCCAGUAGAAUGGAACAAAGCAAGGGAGCACCGAGCCACGAAAUCGACGAAUUCGCCCUUGAUGAAAGCGGGAAAAGAUGGGCUAGUCAACCAGGAGCGACUUUGUCUGAACUUGUUCUUGUGCCAGAGGAUACAGAAUCUGGUCUUGAGAUUAAGAACAGUAACCCUCGGAAAGCCCAAGAUAAUGCAGAGCGUGCACCACCAACGGCAGAUGCAGCAGUUUUACAGUGUAAGACAACCAGGAUGCUCUUCAUCACCAGUGUUGUGUUUCUCCUGACCUGGCUACCCUACUGGAUUUAUGUUGCCGCUACGUUUGCUUCCUACUCUGACCCAAUGUUUAAUGCUAUCAUGGAACAGCUCUCCGUAACUUUUUACGUCAACAAUGCAGUUAAUCCGCUCAUUUACGGACUUGCCAACAGGCGGUUCAGGAAAGACUGCAAGACAGUUCUUAGUAAGAUGAGGCUCUGUUAA